AUGGCCCCUAACAUGGACGCAAGCGCGACCGACGCCACGGUUCCGCAGGUGCACGUGCGCAACAGCCACAUCCUCGAGAUGCAAUCGGACGUGCUGUUCCACAUCGGGCUGACGUGUUCGCAAGAAGAGCGUCAGCAGGUCGUCAACACCUUCGGCGACGUCAAGUUCUUCAUCACUGGCGGCAGCGCCGAGCGCAUGACCCAUUUCGCGCAUUUGGUGGCCAAGGAGCUUGGCAUCUCCACGCCCUACGGCUACAAACUGGCCCCGAUCGGCAGCACGUCGCGCUACACGCUCUACAAGGUUGGUCCCGUGCUUGUGGCCAACCACGGCAUCGGCAUGCCGUCCAUCUCCAUCCUACUGCACGAGGUCACCAAGCUGCUUGAAUACGCCGGCGCACAUGGUGCCACCUACAUCCGUAUGGGCACGAGCGGCGGUAUCGGCGUCGAACCUGGCACCGUUGUCAUCACAUCUGAGGGCGUGAACAACAAGUUGGAGUCCGUGGAUGAGGUGGCCGUGCUUGGAAACACUGUGUUGCGGCCGUCCAUCUGCUCGCCCGAGGUGCGCGAGGAGAUCAUCGCUGCUGCCAAGGAGGUGGGACUGCCCUACGCGGUGGGCAAGACGCUCAGCUGCAACGACUUCUACGAGGGCCAAGGCCGCCUCGACGGUGCCAUCUGCGAGUACACGCUCGAAGACAAGAUGGCAUUCUUGCAGAAGUUGGCCGACGCAGGUGUGCGUAACAUCGAGAUGGAGGCGCGCCUGAUGGCCAGCUUCUGCCACAAGCUCAACAUCCCCGUUGCGGUGGUCUGUGUGACCCUGCUGAACCGUCUGAACGGCGACCAAGUGCUCUCGAGCCACGAGACGCUCCAGGACUUCGAGCGACGCCCUGCUGCCGUGUUGUUGCACUACAUCAAGACCAAAAUCAACGCGUCCCCGUAG